UUGGUUGAUACUUAUCUGACACGCCCACACCGGAAGAGGGGUACACAUUAAAUAAUUCUACCUGUCUUCUCGGUCAUCCACAAAUCUUCUCCGUCCGUGCCAAGUCCGUUUUCACACUGAUCUUCAUUCACCACAAGUGUCAACAUGUCUACUGAAAAGUGUUUCGCCAAAGGAAGUGCUGCACCCAGUUCAGUCCCCAACGGUUACAUCAGACUUUACAGCAUGAGAUUCUGCCCCUUCGCCCAGAGGACCAGAUUAGUGCUGAGUGCCAAAGGGAUCAAGCAUGACACCAUCAACAUCAACCUGAAAGACAAACCUGACUGGUUCCUCGAGAAGAAUCCGCUUGGUCUUGUCCCAACACUGGAGACACCUGCUGGGGAGGUGAUAUAUGAGUCUCCCAUCACCUGUGACUACCUGGAUGAAGUUUACCCUGAGAAGAAGCUGCUUCCUUCCUCUCCUUUUGGUAGAGCUCAACAAAAGAUGAUGCUAGAGCAAUUUUCCAAGAUAACACCAUACUUCUACAAGAUCCCAAUGGGGAGAAAGAACGGUGAGGAUGUCUCAGGACUGGAAGCUGAACUGAAAGAGAAGCUUUCCAAAUUAAAUGAGGACCUGGUUAACAAGAAGACCAAGUUUUUUGGUGGUGAUUCCAUCACAAUGAUUGACUACAUGAUGUGGCCGUGGUUUGAGAGGCUGGAGGUGUUUGAACUGAAACAUUGCCUUGACAGCACACCCGAGCUGAAGAAGUGGACAGAGCGCAUGCUGGAUGACAUGGCUGUCAAAGCCACCAUGCACAGCAUGGAAAACCACAAAGCCUUCACCAAGACUUACGGCGAGGGGAAACCCAACUACGACUAUGGCCUGUAGAAAAUAAGUGAUCAAACACCUUGAAGCCUCUGAAAACCCACACAGGUGUUUUUAGUUAUUCUGGCUGAUUAGACUCUUUUCAGGUUGAAGAUGGGCCAGAGCUUUGAUAGGAACUUAGUAGGUAACAAAUUCUUUCUACCAAUAAGUAUGACAAAAGGUGUCAAUUGUCCUACCCUAACAGAUGCAACAAUACUAACAGUGGACUCAGGAAGAUGUCAAUCACUCAGUCUAACCACACAGUCCUGGAAAAAGGUCCAAUCAGCCACAUUACCUACAAACACCUGUGUGGGUUUUAAGAGCCUUUAAACCAUCCCAUUUAUUAUUCAUAGCCAUGUUUUAGGUCAUUGUUAUUCUCUAUAGGUCUGUUUUUUCUAACGCUGAUGUAAAAUAUACGGUAACAAAUUGGUUAACAUUCAAGUGAUACAAUUGAAAUGUUUUUGUAUAUACCAAUUAUGACCUAUUGUCAUUGAAGAAAAAUAUGAACCAUAAUAGGAAUGAGGGAAAUAUGUCUCAAGGUGUUCAAUGAUGUGGCUCUUUUUCUAAUAAAAAAAAUGUCGAUGUAAUAACACUGGCCUUUAUCAGAUUUUUUGACUGUGUUAUAAUAAACAUGCAUUCCCUUAGGCUUCACAGGGUGGUCCCAUUUAAUAAACAGGGGACAACUGGACCAUUCAGUAGAAAUGUAACAAGUUUGCUUUGUAAUAAGCAAUAAAAAAAACAUUGAACAUUACAAAAUGUAAUAGCUGCCAUCAGAUUUGCAACAGUAUGAAUGCAAACAAACACUGCAACAUUGUUUGGUAUAUUACUCCCAUUUAAACCAGCAUAGAGAGGUAUUUCUGUUUAAAUGUUCGAUUAAACUGAAAAAAGUGCUUUGUCUUUUAUAGGUGAAAGAUGAAAUGCAUUAAUACUUGUUGUUGCUUCUUUUAAAGGCAGCAAAUAACUACUGAAAAAUUCACGCCCAGGUUACGCCUAUAAAACAAGCAAGAAACAAUCCUAGAGACUGAA